CCAUUGCACGCUGGCCUUGAGCUCGGUCGAUCGAACUAUCCUUCACUUGCAGUGGAGCUCGCGGUUGAGCGAUGGAGCCGGUGGAGUCGGCCAAGUGCGAGUGCUGCGAGCUGCGGGAGGACUGCACCCGGGGGUACAUCGUGGGCGUGAAGGCCGACUUCGGCGGGCGGUGGCUGUGCGGGCUCUGCUCCGAGGCGGUGAGGGAGGAGGGCAGGAAGCGCGGGAUGGAGGCGGCGCUGCAGGACCACAUGGCCUUCUGCGCCGGCUGGUGCCGCGGCAAGGACCUCCGGGUCGCCGACGGCAUGCGCCAGAUGCUGCUCCGCCGCCGCCGGCCCAUCUCCAUCUCCAAGUGAAGCCAAGCGAAGCGACCCACCAUUCAUGGCGCGCGAUGGAUGCACCGCGCC